CACUGAUUGGCAGCACUGAUAGGUGGCACUGAUUGGCAUUGAUAGGUGGCAAUGACUGGCACUGAUGGGUGACAUUGAAAGGCAGCUCAGAUGGGCACUGAUAUGUGGCAUUGAUGUGCACUGAUAUGUGGCAUUGAUGGGGGCACUGAUGGGCACUGGCACGUGGCACUGAUGAGCACUGACUGCUGGCACUGAUGGACACUGACAGGUGGCACUUCUGGGGCCACACUGAUCAUCAGGGCACACUGAUCAUCAGUGCCCUGAUGAUCACUGUCAGCGUGACAGCUCGAGAGGAGAGAAAUGAGAUAAUCGGCAUUUCCAUGUUUAUAUGUGAUCAGCUGUGAUUGGA